AUGGCUGCCUGCCUCCGAGCAGGCAACAGGAGCCCCACGCCGGGUGGGCAGGACAGUCUCGGCCGCAGGAUAGGUGGCAGCGAUCCCAGCAGAUCUUCCCUUAAGCGACUAACUGGAUCUUCUGGGUUUGUAACAGAUGGACCUGGAAAUUAUAAAUAUAAAACGAAGUGCACAUGGCUCAUUGAAGGACAGCCAAAUAGAGUAAUGAGACUUCGUUUCAAUCAUUUUGCUACAGAGUGUAGCUGGGACCACUUAUACGUUUAUGAUGGGGACUCAAUUUAUGCACCACUAGUUGCUGCCUUUAGUGGCCUCAUCGUUCCUGAGAGAGAUGGCAACGAGACUGUCCCUGAGGUUGUUGCCACAUCAGGCUUUGCCCUGCUGCAUUUUUUUAGUGAUGCUGCCUAUAAUUUGACUGGAUUUAAUAUCACUUAUAGUUUUGACAUGUGUCCAAAUAAUUGCUUGGGCAGAGGAGAAUGUAAGAUCAGUAACAGCAGCAAAGCUGUUGAGUGUGAAUGUUCUGAAAACUGGAAAGGUGAAGCUUGUGACAUUCCUCACUGUACAAAUAACUGUGGUUUUCCUCAUCGAGGCAUCUGCAAUUCAAGUGAUGUCAGAGGAUGCUCCUGCUUCUCAGAGUGGCAGGGUCCCGGAUGUUCAAUUACUGUACCAGCUAACCAGUCAUUUUGGACUCGAGAGGAAUAUUCUAACUUAAAACUCCCCAGAGCAUCUCAUAAAGCUGUGAUCAAUGGAAAUAUAAUGUGGAUUGUUGGUGGAUAUAUGUUCAACCACUCAGAUUACAACAUGGUUCUAGCGUAUGACCUUGCUUCUAGGGAGUGGCUUUCACUAAACCAUUCUGUGAACAACGUAGUUGUUAGAUAUGGUCACUCAUUGGCAUUAUACAAGGAUAAGAUUUACAUGUAUGGAGGAAAAAUUGAUUCAACAGGGAAUGUGACCAAUGAAUUGAGAGUGUUUCAUAUUUAUAAUGAGUCAUGGGUAUUGUUGACCCCGAAGGCAAAGGAGCAGUACGCAGUGGUUGGGCACUCGGCUCACAUUGUUACACUGAAAAACGGCCGAGUGGUCAUGCUGGUCAUCUUUGGUCACUGCCCUCUCUACGGAUAUAUAAGCAAUGUGCAGGAAUAUGACUUGGAUAAGAACACAUGGAGUAUAUUACACACCCAAGGUGCCCUUGUGCAAGGGGGCUAUGGCCACAGCAGUGUUUUUGACCACAGGACCAGGGCCCUGUACGUUCAUGGUGGCUACAAAGCUUUCAGUGCCAAUAAGUACAGACUUGCUGAUGAUCUCUACAGAUAUGAUGUGGACACCCACAUGUGGACCAUUCUUAAGGACAGCCGAUUUUUCCGUUACUUGCACACAGCUGUGAUGGUGAGUGGAAACAUGCUGGUGUUUGGAGGAAACACGCACAAUGACACGUCCAUGAGCCAUGGCGCCAAAUGCUUCUCUUCAGAUUUCAUGGCUUAUGACAUUGCCUGCGACCGCUGGUCAGUGCUUCCCAGACCUGAUCUCCACCACGAUGUCAACAGAUUUGGCCAUUCAGCAGUCCUGUACAACAGCACCAUGUAUGUGUUUGGUGGUUUCAACAGUCUCCUCCUCAGCGACAUCCUGGUAUUCACCUCACAACAGUGUGAUGCACACAGCAGUGAAGCCGCUUGUUUAGCAGCAGGACCUGGUGUUCGGUGUGUGUGGGACACAGGGUCAUCUCAGUGUAUCUCCUGGGAGUUGGCAACUGAUGAACAACAAGAAAAGUUAAAAUCAGAAUGUUUUUCCAAAAGAACUCUUGACCAUGACAGAUGUGACCAGCACACAGAUUGUUACAGCUGCACGGCCAACACCAAUGACUGCCACUGGUGCAAUGACCAUUGUGUCCCCAUGAACCACAGCUGCACAGAAGGCCAGAUCUCCAUUUCCAGGUAUGAGAGUUGCCCCAAGGAUAACCCCAUGUACUACUGCAACAAGAAGACCAGCUGCAGGAGCUGUGCCCUGGACCAGAACUGCCAGUGGGAGCCCCGGAAUCAGGAGUGCAUUGCCCUGCCUGAAAAUAUCUGUGGCGUUGGUUGGCAUUUGGUUGGAAACUCAUGUUUGAAAAUUACUACUGCCAAGGAGACUUAUGACAAUGCUAAAUUGUCCUGUAGGAACCACAAUGCGUUUUUGGCUUCUCUUACAACCCAGAAGAAGGUAGAAUUUGUCCUUAAGCAGCUGCGAAUCAUGCAGGCAUCACAGAGCAUGUCCAAACUCACCUUAACCCCUUGGGUUGGCCUUCGGAAGAUCAAUGUAUCCUACUGGUGCUGGGAAGAUAUGUCCCCAUUUACAAAUAGUUUACUACAGUGGAUGCCAUCUGAGCCCAGUGAUGCUGGAUUCUGUGGAAUCUUGUCAGAACCCAAUAUUCGGGGACUGAAGGCUGCUACCUGCAUCAACCCACUCAAUGGUAGUGUCUGCGAAAGGCCUGCAAACCACAGUGCCAAGCAGUGCCGGACACCAUGUGCCUUGAGGACAGCAUGUGGAGAGUGCACCAGCGGCAGUUCCGAGUGUAUGUGGUGCAGCAACAUGAAGCAGUGUGUGGACUCCAAUGCCUACGUGGCCUCCUUCCCUUUCGGCCAAUGUAUGGAGUGGUAUACAAUGAGCAGCUGCCCCCCUGAAAAUUGUUCAGGAUACUGCACCUGUAGUCAUUGCUUGGAGCAGCCAGGCUGUGGCUGGUGCACUGAUCCCAGCAAUACUGGCAAAGGAAAAUGCAUGGAAGGGUCCUUUAAAGGACCAGUGAAGAUGCCUUCACAGGCCCCUCCAGGAAAUUUCUACCCACAGCCCCUUCUUAAUUCCAGCAUGUGUCUGGAGGACAGCAGAUACAACUGGUCUUUCAUUCACUGUCCAGCCUGCCAGUGCAAUGGCCACAGCAAAUGCAUCAAUCAGAGCAUCUGUGAGAAGUGUGAGAACCUGACCACAGGCAAGCACUGUGAGACCUGCAUAUCUGGCUUCUACGGGGAUCCCACCAACGGAGGGAAAUGUCAGCCAUGCAAGUGCAACGGACAUGCGUCGCUGUGCAAUACCAACACGGGCAAGUGCUUCUGCACCACCAAAGGCGUGAAGGGGGACGAGUGCCAGCUAUGUGAGGUAGAAAAUCGAUACCAGGGAAACCCUCUCAAAGGAACAUGUUAUUAUACUCUUCUUAUUGACUAUCAGUUCACUUUUAGCCUAUCCCAGGAAGAUGACCGCUAUUACACAGCCAUCAAUUUUGUGGCCACUCCUGAUGAACAAAACAGGGAUUUGGACAUGUUCAUCAAUGCCUCCAAGAACUUCAACCUCAAUAUCACUUGGGCUCCCAGUUUCUCAGCUGGAACCCAGGCUGGAGAAGAGAUGCCUGUUGUUUCAAAAACUAACAUUAAGGAGUACAAAGAUAGCUUCUCUAAUGAGAAGUUCGAUUUUCGCAACCAUCCAAAUAUCACUUUCUUUGUUUAUGUCAGUAAUUUCACCUGGCCCAUCAAAAUUCAGAUUGCCUUCUCCCAGCACAGCAAUUUUAUGGACCUGGUACAGUUCUUCGUGACUUUCUUCAGGUAA